AUGAAGAUCAUCAGAGUUAGUUUGAUGCCUCCCUCAAAAAAAGGAGACCCUCAAGUAAAAUACCUAAAAUUGCCUCUACAGAUGAUCUACAAAUUCAGCCAACUACCAUUAACAGCUGAAUCUUGGCUUUGGGAGAAAGAGCAAUCACAUAGACUUUUUAACUUCCAUGAUGGAUACCGUAUCUAUGACAGUAUUUUAGAAAUCGUAGGUUCAAGCUUGAUAGUGAAGAAAGGAUAGUCUGACAUCGAGAUUAAAAAGGCUUCUACUUACUUCGACAAGCAGAAUCACAUCACUGACUAAGAGGACGGAGAUGAUCAGCAAAAGAAAGACAGCAAACUUGCCAAUGUGAUAUUCAAUGAUGGUGAAUACUACUUAUACGAGCCUCAAAACAAGGAUGCCUCGAAGUUCAACAUCAUCGAUAAUCAUCUUUGGCUAAUUACAAAAUUCAUGCCUAAUAAAACCAUUGAGGUUAAGGAAGGUGAUGUGAUAAGAUUCGGAAGGAUACCAUUUAAGAUUGCCAAGAUGCAAUUAGACGAUAGUGAUAAGAAUGAUUAAUCCCUAAACUACUCAGUGUCAUAAGAUAUUAGCAAUAAUGACAUACCGAUUAUACAAUUGCCUGGAGGAGGGAAUGACCAUAGUAAUCUAGAUAUUUCAGCGAAUAAUCUCUUGCCGCAUCCUUUGAGAAAUCUCUAUCAGAAUCAUUCUAACAUUACUAAUAAUGGUAACGUCACUACAUACUUGGAGGAUAUGAGUUUUCAUGAUAAUCUGCAAUUAAGAGGUGAAUAGCCACCACCUUAACUAGCAGGUGAUAACUCUCCUCAAAUUUCAUUUUUAAAAGGAAUAAAAAGACCUAAUGAUAAAAACACUGGUGGACUAAAAGACAAUUUGAAAGGAGGUCUCGAAAGUGGUAAAGCUUGCAGGAUUUGUUUGGAUGAUACUGAAGAAGAAGGAAAUCCAUUCAUUACUCCUUGCAAGUGUGCUGGUUCAAUGAAAUUCAUUCAUUUAUAAUGCUUAAGAGAAUGGCUAGAUUCAAAAAAAGUACAAUAAAAGCUGGAGGGUGUCUAUUCCUAUUAUUGGGAAGAGCUGGUCUGUGAACUAUGCAAGGAACCUUUAGCACUAAAUAACAUUAGUGUUAGCAAUAAGAAUAAAACAUACUACUUACUAAAUUUCAAAUAGCCUAAAAACAAGAAAUUCCUCGUGCUUGAAUCUGAUAUCGAGUGUCUGUCAAAGGCUAUCCAUGUAAUUGUCUUCUCAGUUAAGCCUGAUUUCUUUGUGGGAAGGAGAAUAAAUAAUGAUAUAACCGUUUCUGAUAUUAGUGUCUCAAGAAACCAAGCGUCAAUUAAACUUAAAGAUGGAAAGGUCAUUGUCGAGGAUUGUGAGUCUAAAUUUGGAACUUUCGUAAAGAUUUAAGGGCCAAUUUAAGUCCCAAGAAUAGGUAGGCUGCCAAUUCAAAUUGAAAAGAAGUGCUUUUUUGUCAGACUUGAAAAUAGAUUCUCUUGCAUGUAAUCAUGUUUCUUGUCCUGUGGACUGCUUAAAAACCAGGAGCUCUAUGAUCAUUAUAAGGAUGUCAAGGAUAAAUUCCCUAAGGAGAUAGAGCAUUACUUCGUACCGAAGUUGAACUAAGUAGAAAAGAAAACAGCACUAUUGAAUCCAAAUAAGAAUUACAAUAGAAUCAUAGAUGAAUCAGUCAUCACUCAGAUGACUAAUCAGGGUAAUGUGACGGAGAUGAGAAAUAAGAGUCCAGAUAUCCCAGCUUAAAUUAUUAAGCAAAAUCAGCCGAUUCCUGAUUCUAGGUAGCAACAAUAAAACUCAAACUAAUAAGUGAGUGAACCACUCAAUGAAGACAAAUUCUCAAGAGGUAUGACUGGUGCAUCAUCAGUUGGGAAUAGAUUAAACGGCAAGGGUUAGGGUCAUUAGAAGCAUAACUCAAACCCCUUUCUAAACUUAAAUCAAAAAUAAGCAGCUGCAUUAAUGAAUGAAAUGACUAUGCAAUAAAAUAAAUUGCCGCCAAUAGAAGGCAAAGGUGGGAUUUCUAGACUGCAAGUGAACAAUCCUCAAAUGCAGUCUCAGAGUUAAUAUGGUUUUGAAACUGUUUUUGAAAGCAAUAGAAUGAUGCCUUAGUUUAACUAAAGUAACAUCGGGCUUGAUGAAUCAAGAAUGUCUUAGCACUCUUUGAUGAGAUCAAUGAAUGACAAUCUCUCUAAUUCCUAGAAUUUCUUACGAAGUAUGAUGAAGCAAAACACGCUUCAGGGUAUCAAUGAAAUGGACCAAGACAACAUUAACGAUAACGAUGCAUCUUUUAAUGAAAUCAAUGGCAAUAACAUUCCAGAAUAUGAUGAUGAAGAAGGUGAUGAGGAAGAGGAAGAUAACGACUAUCAAGAUUCAAGUGCCUAGUAGUACCAGCAUCAAGCAGCCACUAAGAUUAAGCAGAAAAAUCAUGAGUACUAUAACGAAAUAAGCAAACUAAACUAAGACAGUGAGAGAUCAGAAAUCGAAGUUUUAAGAAACAAACAAUAAAACCUGAUAAAUCCUACUAAUCAAAGGCAGAACAACAAUCACUCCACUCCUCAGCUAAAUCUUAAUGGAGCAACUGUUAUUCAAGAGAAUGAAAAUAAUCUUGAUCAAAUGUACAGCCUAAGAGAGCUUGAUGAAGAAUACAAGAACGAGUCUUAAGAAAUGAGAUUAUCUAAUGGAGAAAGAGCUGAUGUAAGCAUUUCAGCCAUUGGAAAAACCUUGAAUUCUGGGGAUAAUAGUUAUAGAUUCAAUAAGGUCAUGAUUCUGAAUAAAGAUAUUUUGAAUAUGGAAGGAGUUGCUGUUGGUGGCGAUGGCGAAGAUAGCAGGACUAACUCAGUCCGAUUACUUGACAUGAAGGACGCUUACAACUAGCACCAAAAUGAGGACUAUAAUGGUCGCAAAAAGAAGAAAUCAGUGAGAUAGAGAUAGAAGAAAGAUCAUUUCUAAAGUAAAGUAACGAAUUAAGGGAGUUUCAUUCAGGUGGACGAGUAAAAAAUGAAUCAUAAUUUAGAAUACAAUCCAGCCCUUGCUGCAGCUCAGAUUAUGAGCAUAGAUAGUGACAGGCUUGAGGGAAGUAGCAAGGUCUCUAUUUCAUAGUAUAACAAUAUUAUUGAAGGAAAUGAAGGCGGCAUAGAAAAUUAAAAUAACUUCAGAAAUCUGAAGAAAAAGAUGGAUAAGAAUAGUAACUACAACAGCACUAACCUCAAGUCAUUUAGAAACGUAGCUGAUGAUAACAAAUUUGCUCUCACAUUAGGCUAUAAAGAUGGGGAGGAAGAGUCGGAAAGGUAAAAAUAAAUGAGUCAACAAAAAUAAUUAUGA